UGCGAUAGAAGGUUGACUUCUUCUUCGCAUACUUUGACUCGUUGCUUCCUCGUGUGUCUACAUCUUGAGAACGUGACCUCUCUGUGUUCCCAGUCAACUCGGGGGUUGUGUUCUUGUAGAAAUUUCAUGCCAAGGAUCAUUGACAUGCGUCCAAGGUUUGUGACGAGCAAACUCUCGGUUGAUCGGUGCCCCCCGAUUAAGAUGCUUGUGACUACACGAUGAGUAAUUGCGCCACCCUUGUUGAGGCUGGUGUCUGCGUUAAGGAUUCAGAUUUCAUGGUUUAGAGGUAUCAUCUUAAACCCGUGCUUCUCAGCAAAUCGUUGGUCGAUGUAGCAGGAGAAUGCUCCAGAAUCCAAUAGUGCCGUUGU